AUGAGGCGCAGCAUCUGUUGACGCGCAGGAAUUACGCGCGGUCCGAGCAUUCUCGAGAAGGUGCGUUUUCCCAGCAUCAUCGCCGUGACAUCAGGAGAGGCAGCCUCUCGGAAGAUGGGAACAUAUCUCCAAUGGAAUCACGAAGAAAGUUAUGAUCGGCACGCACCGAAGGAGCGCAAUAUUCUGGAAUAAGGUCGUUGCGUAAACUUUCAACACAAACAGCUUGCGAGGUGGCAGAAAGGGGUGCCAUUGCUCUCCGGUGACAACUGGACUGUUUUUACACCAUCCUUCUAAAUAAGGAAGCAGGGCUGUCAGACAUAUGACCACCGUCCCGAUUUGGGCGCUGCUAUAGUACCCAUCGCAUCCCAUGAUCGAGCGCAAGGCGUCCAAUAAGGUUCAGCAUGCGACCCCCAUUUCAUAUGUGGAGUGACAGCAGCGUCCCAUCAUCAGACAAACAGCGUUUGCAGUACGGAGCAGUUGACGCUUGCAACUCUCUCUCUCUCUCUCUCUCUCUCUCUCUCUCUCCCUCUCUCUCACUCACUCUCUCUCUCUUCUCCCCCCUCCCCUGAUAUGAUGUCAUGUAAGGAUGAAGGUGUCUGUUGAGGUGAGAUAGGGAUUUUGAUGAGUGGCAUUCUCCACGACCCGGGGCUUUGGAGCUGCACAACAUGGUCAUCACCACAUUAACCGCCACCCCAAGUUGUGUCGCGCUCUCUCCACGCUCCUCUGCCGCUCUCUUCUCGGGCCACCGUCGCAUGCCCGAAGUCCUGACCUGCCUCGCUAAAAUAAGCUUGCACCACCAUGCCGAAGGAAGAAAAACUAGAAGAGUGGUAUUUUUAGUGCCAUUAAUUUUGACCACGUGCCCCGAAGGUAAACCGGAUGGCCAUUGCGCAAAGGUCCCUCAUCAGUAUGUCCUGCGAGGCCAACGCGCAACACUGGCCAAGGACUGCUAUUCUGCUCUUGGGAUUGCUCCUAGUUGGGACUGCGUCCUCCAGUCCGCUUCCAAGUAGGACUAAUAGUACAACUUUACUGGAGAAGCGAUGGGAGACCCUCUUCUCCCGCUCCAUGCUGGGAAUCUCUGGAGAGAAACCAGAGCAAAACUGGGAGAACGACUAUUUGCUGGGCAUCAAAAGAGUGCGGAGGUUGUACUGCAAUGUAGGCAUCGGGUUUCACCUUCAGGUCCUCCCAGACGGCAAGAUAAACGGUGUACAUAAUGAGAACCAGUACAGUCUAAUAGAGAUUUCCACCGUGUCCAGAGGAGUGGUUAGCCUGUAUGGUGUGAAAAGCGAGUUGUUUGUCGCAAUGAAUAGCAGAGGAAGGAUGUACGGAACGAACGUCUUUAAAGACGAGUGCAAGUUCAAAGAGACUCUGCUGCCAAAUAACUACAAUGCAUACGAGUCCUCCGUUUACAAGGGAUUCUACAUCGCUCUCAGCAAGCAUGGUCGAGUGAAGCGAGGCAACAGAGCCACCACUGCUAUGACUGUCACUCACUUUCUCCCUCGAAUAUGAGCUGACUCUCGCAAUAAUUCUUCCUUUGCACUGGUCUCUUGAGAGAUCUGACAACUGUCCAAUGACAAUACAAGGAACUGCAAGAACAUCACCAUAAUAGUACUCAUUCUUUUUAUAUGUAUAUUUGAAUAGGUCAGCUUUUUAUUAGAAACCCUUGAGUACGCUAUUCAUCGCUGCUUCCGUCUUUUAUUUUCACAUUUUCGAUUAUGAAUGUGGAGGUUUCUCAGCCUUCCUGUCUGUAGUCCGGUGCUUGCCAAGAUUGGAAUAGACUUUGGGCGGAUGAUGAAGACCUCCUUGGCUUAUUAACCGUGUAAUUACAUUUUUAUUACCUCAAAGAGCUACAAUGGUGCUUGAAAGUUUGUAAACCUUUAGACCUUGUUCACACUGUCAGUCCAAAUCAGAUUUUUAUACAUAUCUGAUAAUAUUUAGCAUGUGGAAUAGCAAAAACAAACAAACACAAGAAAUCUGAUUUACACUUUGUAUGGAUUUGGCGUAGCUUUCUACCUAUUUCACAUUCUCACUCCACGUAAAACGUAAGCACUUAAGAUGUUGUUAAUUUUGAUGUCACACGCCGAUCAGUCUGCACAGCGCUGCAUGAACUCAUUUUAAACACAUCCACGCAACGUUAUUGCUUUAGAAACCAAUGCAGCUAUUCCGGAAAAUAAAAAAGUGCUAAGGGACACACAAAUUGGAUCUGAAAAGUUGUGAUACACAGAUAUGCAAAAAAAUUUGAUUUAAACUGACAAUGUAAACAUAGUCUUAGAAUCAACAAAUAGGGUAUAUACAAAUGCUAAGUAGAGAAAGACCCAGGUAACAAUGAUACAAAAAUAAUAAUAUACUCAUUUUUUAUUUAUUUACUGAGAAAUACAAUCCAGUUUUAUGUGAGUGGCAUAAGUUUUUGAACCUCUAGGAUAAACCAUUAAUUUUAAGAAGGUAAGAUCAGGUGUCAGCGCAAUGUUUUAUUUAACCUCCUAAGACCUGGAUGUCCAUUGUUUUGAUGUUUGCACCAUUAUAUUUAAUUCCGUGUAACUGGAACCUGUUGUACACAAACAUGGACAAAUACACUGCUUCAUGUUCUUAGAAAACUAUUUGGUUUUUAUAUUUAUUGGUUCUUCCUGACCCCAAAAUAGCUGGUAGAAAUCUGAAAAAAAGACAAACCAAAACCCGGGUCUUAGGAGGUUAAAGAACAGAGAUCUGUCAAGGUCUGAUCUUCAUCUGAGUUGAUGAUGCUCAAUAGAGUUUGGACUGCAUUAAGCAGACAGUCUGUGUACAAAAAGAGGAGAUUUCAGACCAUUAUUUCCUUACCCAGGAGUGGUCAACCAAGAAAAAUCACUCAAAGAACAGGACGCAUAGUAGUCUGUGAGGUCACAAAGGAAGCCAGGGUAAAACUUAAGGCCUUUCUCACAUCAGCUAAUCCUCCAUCAGAACACUGAAAAACAAUGUUGUUGCAGGUAAAAAGCCAUUCGUCUACAAAUAGACAAACAGAGCUGUCUGUCUUGAUCUUAAUCUAAUGGAAAUAUUGUGGAAGAAUCUAAAGUCAGCAAAGAACUUAAGCCAUAGAAAGGGGUUAAAAUUUCUCCAAGGCCAAGCUGAUGUGCAUGACUGAUGUUACAACCCAUUAUCACGAAAUUAUGUACCAAUAGUCACAAAAUUUUGUGAGUGUUUUCCAUGACACUGAAAUGUUUUUCCGCCUGAUUACGUGAACAUUUCACAUAUUUCUCUUUAGGUGUCACUGUCAUGUAUUUGUUAUUCAACUGUUUUGUACUAUUUUCUUACCAUUGUCGCUUCGGUUUAGGGUUAGAUUUACAUAAAAUUACAUCCUUACCCAAACCCAACUCUAACCCUAAUGCCAGGCGACAAUGGUUUAAAAAUCAUAAAAUAUACAAAAUAAAUCAUGAAUAAAGGUAUAAACCAAUACUUAAAGUGACUUCCUAAACACUAAAUCUAACCCUAAACUGAAGUGUCAAUGGUUUGAAAAUAGGACAAAACAGUUGAGUAAAAAAUACAUGACAAGUAAACAGAAAUACGUGACAUGUUCACGCAAAAAGGCGUAAAAACGUGUCAGUGUCACGGAAAACACUUACAAAAUUAUGUGACUAUAGGUACAUAAUUUCGUGAUACAGGGUUGGAUCUUCCUGGACACAUUCAGCUGCAUUUAUUGCAAACAUUCUUGUACCACUCAAAGAUCUUUUAUAUGGAUAAUUUUUCUCAGUAAAUAAAUAGCCACGUUUAAUAUUUUUCAAACAUUUGUUUAAUUGGGUUCUCUUUGUCUACUUGUAGGAAUAGCAUUUAGUUUGAGGUCAUAGCAAAGCAAAAAUACAGACAAUUGUGUAGGGUUUACAAAAUUUCAAGCAGCACUCUACCUGGACGGUUUAAAAGGGUGCAUUAAGAUGUUUUGUUUUGAUUUCUCAGGCAAGACACAAGCAUUAUGUGUUAUUUUUAUUUUGAGCAGAUAUUCAAUUCUGUUUUUCAUGCUGUGGGCUUGUGUGAGCACUUAAAGGAAAGCAGAUCUCUCUUGCUGCAUGUUGCGCUGAGGUGCCUUGGCAUUCCCACAAGCCGCCCCUUUAACAUGCAUGCUCUGAACACCCCAGGGCGUCAGAAAUAGGGCUGAUAUGUUAGCCGGGGCCCCGCGGGGACUCUCCCACAAGGGCCCUGGAGAGGGGCGGGGAGGGGGUGUGCAUCUCUGCUUUAUUUUACUUUUCUCAAAUUAGAGAACAGCGUGUGAGCUCAUCUGAGAAUACAGAGUGACUCACAGUGUUAGCCACAACCAAAAAUUGCGAUGUCAUGUGUAGUUUGGAAACACUAAAGUGGCUGGAGGUGACAGUAUUUUUUCUAGUGGUGAUUACACCUCCUUUACCCUGUAUGAGCUUUGAGGCUGUAUGAUUUAUUUGUGGACUAGAAUUUCUUAAGUUUUGCAAAGGAAAUGAACACAUUUUUUGUAAAGAAAACAGAAAAAGUGAUGAAAAAAAGACAGGGCAGCUGAUGCCUAAAUUAUAAAAUGACACUAAAAAUGAUUCUGCCCACAAACUUUCAAAGAUGGCUGGUUAAAAUAUUAUCGCUUAUCACAAGUUUGCCUAAACAAAAGGAGCACUAAAAAUGAUUCUGCCCACUAACUUUUAAAGAUGGCUG